ACUGUUUCUCAGGAAACGUGCACUUCCGCCUUCUGUUCCCUCAAGCAAAGCGUUUCCUUUUUUUGACAGAGCAGUCUCGUGCUCUGCCACCUGUAUACGUACACGUGCGUGUGGCACAAGACGCUGAUGAUGUUCAGAAAAAAAUGCAUCUAUUUAUAGUACUCCUUAUCGCCAAACAAACAGUGCACAUCUGCAACUAUACCCAGCCCAGCGACUAGUGAAAAGAGGAGGCAGAUUUGCUUUCAUUUUCUCACAAGGAGAAAGUCGAGGAAGUGAUUUGAAGUGGUCAGCAGAAGUUGAGGAGAAAGCAGCUUUCUUUUUUUUCUUUGAGGGGGUUUUGUGAAGGGGAGCUGAUGGAGUUUUCUGAUCACAUCAAGACCGCUAACGUGGAUGAUGUUGUCCUCCGGCAGCCGCUGCACCCUCCGAGCAGAGGCACCGUGUGUAUCACCGGCCACCACCUGCUUUUCUCGGACAGAGAGGAGGGCAGCUCUCGGCAGGUUUUACUGCUCCUCAGAAACAUCGAUGCCAUUGAGAAGAGUGUGGAAAACCUUUUGGCCUAUUCGGCCCUCUUCUCUAAUGCAGACCGCAGUAAAAGGAUAUCUGGAUCUUCAGGGACGAUUACCAUUAAGUGUAAAGAUCUGCGUGUGCUCCACCUUGACAUCCCAGGCAUGGAGCAGUGUCUCAACAUUGCACACUCUAUUGAGACCCUGUCCUGUCUGGACAGUGUGUCGGAGAUGUAUCCUUUCUUUUACAGACCUCCUGAUCUCAGCCUGCAUAACCAGUGGGGUCUCUCGUCCCCUGAAAAGCACUACAGUCAAAUCAAGGAGCUUCAUGAUAAGUGGAGACUGAGCACUGUGAACUCAGACUACUCACUGUGUCCCUCUUACCCUCCUGCUGUCAUCGUCCCAAAGAGCACAGACGAUGAUCUGCUAAAGAAGGUGGCCAAAUUCAGACAGGGAGGACGCUUCCCUGUCCUCUGCUACUACCACAGGAAGAAUGGCAUGGUAAUCUUGCGCAGCAGUCAGCCUCUUACAGGAGCCAAUAGGAAGCGCUGUAGAGAAGAUGAGCACCUACUCCAGGCUAUGAUCGAUGGCUCAGAUAAAGGUUACAUUAUUGACACGCGCUCCAGUCAGCAGGCACAGCAGGCCCGGAUGACAGGUGGAGGGUUUGAGUCCAAAUCGUCUUAUAGCCACUGGAAGAGACUGCACAGACAGAUGGAAAGGGGUAAAGCACUGCAGGAGAGUCUAAUUAAACUGGUGGAGGCCUGCUGUGACGAGUCGCAUAACAUGGACCGCUGGCUCAGUAAACUUGAAAAUUCGAAGUGGCUGUCUCACGUCCAAACUGCUCUGUCAACGGCUGGCCUGCUGGCAGAAUGUGUGGAAAGGGACGGUCAUUCAGUUCUGGUUCACGGCUCUGAAGGGACAGACUCCACUUUGCUCAUCAGCACUCUAGCUCAGCUCAUCAUGGACCCAUGCUGUCGCACACUUGAGGGCUUCCUGGCUCUGCUGGAGAGGGAGUGGGUACAGGCAGGACACCCAUUCCAGCAGCGUUGUGCCCGCUCGGCCUACUCCCAUGCCCGUCUCCAGCAGGAGUCCCCAGUAUUCCUGCUGAUGCUGGACUGCGUGUGGCAGGUGUGGCGUCAGUUCCCGUUGGCUCUGGGUUUCUCUGAGGCGCUGCUUCUGAGGCUGGCGAAUGAGGUUUACGUGUCCAACUACGGCACCUUCCUGUGUAACAGCCAUCAGGAGAGGUGUGCUCUUGGAGUGACAGAGAACACCCACUGUUUGUUUCAGGCUCUGUUGAGGCCCAUGGAGAGAGAUUACUACUCUAACCCCCUGUAUGAACCCACUGAGCUAGCAAUCUGGCCCUCAGUCCACCCUCAGUCCCUGCAGCUUUGGAGAGGAUUUUUUCUGAGGUGGACUGAGCACACUCGUCUGCUUGAAGAGGCUCAGGAGGAAAUAAGGAACAUGGUCAUUGAGUGGGGGAAGCUGGCACUCAGCGAUGCCCUUUCAAUGAACACGUGAAGCCAUCAGCCUGAACAUGAAGCCUUUUGACAUUGGAAUUGUUAUUACUGAAGUCUGAACAAUCUGCUGUGUUUUAAUGUACAGUAAUUUUAUAUUCUUUCAUAAAAAUGUAUUAGAAAAAAACUUCUUCUUUAUUAGUUUUCAAUGAGACAUAAACAAUAUUGUACAUAUUAAUAUAGAAACACAUAGAAGAUAGAUAUAACAAUAAAACAAAACAAUUAAAGUAAAGAAACAAACAUAAAUAAAAAGUAGAAAUAACAAAAAAUAAAAUAUUUUUCUACAGCUAUUCACCAAUGUCAAACUCCAUCCAUUCAAUCAACAUAGAGAAUGUCAGUUAUAGAGAGAUAUAGUUUGCUCCAAUAAAGUGUGUGAGUUGUAAGAAUUA